AUGGUGAACAAUUAUAAGAGAAAAACCAGCCAGGCAUCAUGGGAUGAAAAUCUUAUGGCACGGGCGAUCAAAGAGAUAAAUGAUAAGCGGGGAUCUGUUAAGUCUAUCGAACUUAAAUAUAAUAUCCCUCGCACUACUCUAAGAAGACACAUUGCGACAGGAUCUGCGAAAAAGAAACUUGGCAGAUAUAAAGCCGUGUUUACUCCACAGCAGGAAGAAGAACUCUUAGAGUACGUAUUUCAUAUGGAUAAUAUUUUCUUUGGACUAACAAAGGAGGACUUUUUGCAUCUCAUUUUCCAGUAUGCUGAAGCAAACAAUAUUCCUAAUCCUUUUAAGAAUGGAACUGCCGGCCACGAUUUUUACAAAGGAUUUAUUAAGCGUCAUCCUAAUUUGACCUUACGACGACCUGAACCUACGUCUAUAGCCAGAGCCCGUGGAUUUAACAGAUCCCAAGUAUAUAGAUUUUUUGACCUCCUUGAAACUGAAAUUGAGAAGCACCAAAUUGAUGCUAUGCGCCUCUAUAAUAUGGAUGAGACGGGUAUUCAAACGUCUUCCAACAAACCACCUAGAGUUUUAACAACACUGGGUAAAAAGCAAGUGGGUUUCAUUGCCAGUACUGAGCGAGGAAGAACGACCACAGUUAUUUGUUGCUGUAACGCCGCGGGAUCAUUCCUACCACCCUUAAUGAUUUUUGCACGGAAAAGAAUGGCACCGAACCUUCUAGAUGGAGCGCCGCCUGGCACACAGGCAAUUGUAAGUGAUAAUGGGUGGACCAAUGGCACUGUUUUCUUGGACUGGCUUCGUUUCUUCAUAGAUACAGUCCGUCCGACGGCAGAAAAAAAAGUACUGCUUAUCAUGGAUAAUCAUGAGUCGCAUAAAUACUUACCAGCCUUAGAAUUCGCCUCCAAGUGUCAUGUCAUAUUUGUAUCACUGGCACCACACACUACACACAGGAUGCAACCACUAGAUCUAUGUGUUUAUGGGCCAUUAAAGACAUAUUUUGAGCGUAGUGUAGCGAUUUUCCAGAAAACAUAUGUGGGUCGUAUAAUCAAUCAAAAAUAUGUCGCCAGAUUGUUCGGUACUGCCUAUUUGCGAGCUGCAACAACCCAGAAUGCUAAGCAAUUGUUUGUUCAGAAUCAUCAUUCAAUGCUCUUGGAAGAUGAUCAAAAUUCUCAUGAUUUCGCAUUGCCGUCUCGUUGCAGAAUGCUUUGGUACAAAAACUACAAUUGA